UAGCCACUGUUAGGGGGAACUAUUACAGAGUCAGCCAGAAAACUAUUCUACUUUAGUCAUCACACAACAACUAGAAACUACGGAUUACAAAUCAUCAACAUCGUACAUUUUAAAAAAAUAAACUAACAUUAAAGAGAUAUUUUUAGCUAUCCUAACAUCUUGCUUCAGAAUUCAGAAGUUACAAUAUUAGCAAUGGGGAGUCAUUUGAUUAAACGAAACUUUCGUCCAGUGGAGAUAUACUACUGCAUGUGUUUCUUCUACAUUAUCUUCCACUGUGGUCUCUUGUUUAUUCUGUACUCACGUGACGGAAAAGAGAACAACGUUUCAAACAUCGUAGCUGCAUCUGUGACAAACAUUUCGGUAAACGAAUUGCCGUUCUGUGUAAAUCGACUUCUUAACCGACAAGAUUACCAUUAUGAUGAAUGGGCAAAAGGGCUCAACGACAACUUUCAGUUGAUUUCAAAAAUUAAAUUGGAAUCAUGUAGGUUAUUAUAUUACACAACUAAACCUAUAGUUUCCUGUCUAGAUCAGAUUUAUCAAGAGCGUAUUACUGAAAAUAAAUUUUUCUACGCGAAUGGAACAAAACCGCCAACUGAAUUGCAGUUCGUCUUCAUGGGAGAUUCAAGAAUUCGACAGCAGUAUUUCAAUUUCAUAAAGGAACUUCCAGACUACGAUAAAGAAACCCAGCCUGAUCCUAUGUCUUUGAAAUGGAAAUAUGAUAUGGAAUUCACUAGUGAGCUACUUAGAUUACGAGUUUCUUUUUUAUCGCGACCUCUUCUCAAUGAAAGUGUAAUUGAUACCUUACGCCAUUGGGCUGUAUCAACACAAUCUGAAAGACCCUUCUUGAUUUUAUUAAGUAUUGCAGUCCACCAUAUGCUACAAGAAAAUGGUGGUGACUUCAGGCUUUAUCAAAAGAAGCUCAUACAACUUGCGCCUCUCCUUGGCCAGCUGAGCAAAGUGAGCAAUAUUAUUUGGCUGAAUCAAUAUCCAACCGUCGAUCAAUACGACGACAGCACCAACAACGGACUAGGCCACAAUACAGACAUACAUUCUGAAAAGAUUCAUGCAUAUAACAAAGCAAUUCGACAUAUAUUAAAGAGUGAAAAAAGCGUUUCCAUUUGGGAUUCAAGUAAUCCAUUAGUCGAGGAAUACGUUCGCAGUUGCGCUGUAUAUCCCCUUAGAGAAGCCGUGAAGGGGACGUUCUCUCUUCAAUAUAUUGCCUGUGAAGACUACAUACAUUCUGGUAACGCUGCUCUUUCUCAGGCCACUCAACUACUAAUAAAUGACAUUUGCAACAAAAAAUUAUACAAAGAAAAUAAUGAAUAAAUACAUAUAUUAAUGCUGAUGGAUAAUUAGUUUCUAGGAUUAUAUUAAUGCAAAAUUUACUAUUUUCAACGGGGGGUUGUCAGUUCCCAGAAUCUUCGUUCACUCUGGUCCGCCCUGGCCAGAAUCUCCCUAUCUCUCUUCUCAUAGAAUCCUAUAGAAUCUUUCAGA